GUUUGUUUUAAAAUGGCGGCGGAAGCAUCGAGACAGCUGCGUUGAGGAGGCGGGGGUGUGAUGGUGGUGCAGCAGUAGUCCCCACAGCAUCAUGGACCGCUCCGGCCGGCGACUACCUGCCACCCACCUGUAGCUUCAACCGGCAGCAUGGCGAACCCGACCCACGGCACCCAGGACCGGACAGACAGCCGCUGUGGUGUGUCUGGAGGAGCCAUAGUGGAGAAUGGCUCUGUGGUCAAAGACCCGACAGCUUCUCACCUCCACGAACAAACCAACCACCACUGCCAUGAGUCCAGCUCGACCCCACUCAGCGAACUCGCCCUGCCCAGUUACAAGCCGUCCUGCUCCACCCCCAUCUACUACAGCAGCCCCCAGAAAAGCUACUCAGACCUGGACCCAGAUAGCCACAGCUUAACUUCCCAGGACUCAGGUAUCCCCACUCUGGAGAUCAACCCCCCAGAGCCCAUCCUCCACAGCCACCAACGGCCAGGCGACGGAGGCCUCAUCCUGGACUCCAAUCAUGACUCUCCCGCCACUUUACCUCUGGAUAACAAUCCCUGCGACGACAGCGCCAUGCGAAAAUCCUCCACCUUCCCGCGCAGUGGCUACGACUCCAUCCGCCUCUUCAGCCCUGCUCUCCGAUUAUCCGCCACCUCGGGGAUGGGCUUCGGAGGUGGAGCCUUAAACCGCAGCGACGACAUCUCCGUGUGCAGCGUGUCCAGCAUGAGCACGGAGCUAUCGGUCUCCAACGAAGACAUCUUGGAUUUCACCGUCACUUCUGACUCCAGCGCCAUUGUCACCUUGGAGACGGACACCAGCGGCACCGCUCACUUCUCAGACGUGACGUUGUCGUCGUCACCGGGAAACUCCAGAGACUUAUGGAGUCCUGGACGACUGCAUCCGGGGUCGGGUAGUAUGCAACAGGAGGAGGACGGAAGGCAAAAGAAACUGGGACCUCUAGCAAGCUUGUUCACAAGGAGCCUGUUUGCCAGGAGGGUGAAGGACAGUCGGCCGGUGGAGGAGAGGGAUCCUGGGUGGAAGCUGUUUGGGAAAGUCCCACCUCGGGAAGGCCCCAUCAAGGACCCGAAGAAAAUACAAAAGGAAUAUGAAACAAAGAGUGGCAGAGCUGGACCUGGCAACCCGACAUCUCCCAGGCAGAGCGUGAGGAAAAACCUGGACUUUGAGCCCCUCUCCACCACUGCAUUGAUUCUGGAGGACAGACCCGC